AUGAUACGGUCGACUCCAGCAGGAAUGCCGCCGGCUCGUGGAACAAAAACCCUCGCGUGGUUUAUGGAUAACGAUAUUCUGAAGAAUGGCGGCGGAGAAAAUGGAGAAAAUGGACAAGGAAGACGUGGAAGCUCGUCGGAUGAAUCCAAAACCGCCACGUCAUCUGGCGUCAACUUCUACACCCAACAAGGUCAACAACAGCAGAAAAAGUACAAGAAAUUUCGGAAAACGUUGUCGGGACACGGCGCCGCCCGUAAAGAAGGCUUCACGUCGUCACAGGCGAUGAGCGAAUCGUCGGAAGACGGUGCUCCGCCACCACCAGUCACUUCUGGAGGCGCCACGUCAUCUGGAGCGCCGACGGCGGCUUCUGGAGCCGAGGAGUACUGGUUCUAUGAUGUGGCUACCGAUGGAUACUAUUAUGAGCAGAAUGGAGCGAAAGGAUGGAGAAGGAGACAGCCGAAUGCGGCGGUACACAAAGGAGGGAAGGAUCAGGAAGUGGCCCAUAUGAGUGUAAACGGUCCGGGCAAGUACAAUCAACUGCUCGCGGCUCAAGCAGCCGCCGCACAAGCCGCCUUCCUCCAACACGCCUUCCAACUUCAACAAUCUCAAAUGAUCCCGCAGACUCCGCCCCCUUCUGGAGCAUCUGGAGCUCCACAAAUGAAUAAUCCAACGAUGAGAUAUUAUGAUCCAAGUUCUGACGGCUUCUUCUACGAGAUGGCGUCAGUUGACGGAUGGAAGAGACGACAGCCGAAUAAACCGGUGUCCGCGUCAGUCCCCGCUGGAAUCACACGUCCCUACUCGCAACGUCAUCAGGCUCCAGAAUCCAUGCCACGUCAUCCUCAACAACCGACGUCUUCUUAUGGAGCAGCACUGGCUCGUGGUCAAUUCCCACGGAAUACGGUAAAGCAGCCGGAUUCUGAAGUCCUCUCGACGACACCUACCACGACGACUACAUCUGAAUCCGCACGGGGAGAUUCGACGGCGUCGUCGAUUUGUGGAGAUUCCGUGACGACGACUACAUUCGCAGAAUUGUUCAAUUCGGCGGAUCCGAUGUUCAAUCCGAUUCAACGUCCGUCGGCGUUGAAAUUGGAGCAGAAGGCGGUGUCGCCGACGUCGACGAUGGAGAAUGCGCCGAUGAACUCGACGGCGGCGUUGUUUGAUGCGAUGUUGGCAGAUUUGAAUGGAGGAGAGAAGAAGACACCAAUCAACUUCAACACCUACACAAUGCCACCACCACCACAAUCAUCGCAAAGUCCGAUGAAAGAAUCGUGGAAUUCGUUCCGCAGUUGUUCGCUCUUCUCACCAAUCAAACCGUCGAAACGAGUUCAGAAUCCGUUGCUCGUCGGCAGUCAGAAUCAGCAGCCGAUGGGCGUGGCGACGCCAAUGAUCGACGAUAUGGUCGACGACGACACGAUGAAAAUGUUGAUGAGGGAUUUGGACAAGUUGUGGGCGAAUACGCCGGUCUCGACACUCAAUCAGGCUUAA